AUGUAUAUCGCCCAUGGCAAUUGGAUCAACUUUGCCGAAUUCCGAAAACGUAAACCCAUCUACAUCUCGCUGGUACGCGAUCCUCUGGAUAGGAUAGUCCACAACUAUUAUGACCAACGCACUCUCAAGAAGUUGGUUCUUAGUCGCAGCAUUUACGCAGGAUUUCCUCAAAAGACUAACGAUUGGUACAAGCAGACCUUCAGUGAAUGCGUUCGCAGUGGAAGUCCCGAGUGCCGAUAUAUUCAAUAUGCAAUUAUGGAUCCUGUGAAUGAUUUUAGGAGACAAUCUUUGUUCUUUUGUGGAAAUCACGAAGAUUGUUUGUGA